AUGGAUAACGGGACUGUAAAUCCUCAAGUUCCAUUGUUAACUGGGCCUCAUGCAGCUCAUGAUAUAUGUCUGAGCGAAUACUUCACCGAGGACAGCCUUCUCGGGGAGCGGACACCACAUUCAUUGACGUCUCUGAGCAAGAAGAGAUAUCAAUUUGCAACUGCAGAGAUAACUGAAAGCCCGACAACCAAGGGGAUCUAUUUCAGUUUGUUGGAGCCAAUGAUAACCUCCAAACUUUGUGAUCAGGGGUCAAUGAUGGCGAUCAGCGACACAACUGCACACCCAAAGGAAAGGCAAAGGGACAAGAUAUUGGGAUUUAGAGGCGUCAGUAAAAGCAGAAAUCCGGGCUGCAUGUCAAGACCCCAAAUCCGGGCGCCAACUCCCAAGACCCCAAACCCGGGCGCCAACUCCACAGACCCCAAACCGGGCCCAACUACAGACCCAAACCCGGCGCCAACUCCCACAGACCCCAAAUCCGGGCGCCAACUCCCACAGACCCCAAACCCGGGCGCCAACAACUCCCACAGACCCCAAAUCCGGGCGCCAACUCCCACAGACCCCAAACCCGGGCGCCAACUCCCACAGACCCCAAACCCGGCCCCUGCUGCUCCACUAGCCCGGGCUCGAUCGCCAUCACAAUUUAGUCGAGCGAUCGGGUCAAUAGCGGCAAUCAGCGACACAAAUAUAUACAUUGGAAAGGCUGGGACGACGUAUAAGGACCGGGCGGGACACAGCAGCUCUGAUGGCCUCGUCCGCCUUCUCAUUAAGCCGAAACAGACGAGAGUCUACAAUUGUUGCAGACAAGAGAAAACCAAGGAAAUUACCAGAAUGAACAGUAUUCAUUGA